CGCGUGGCUCCUCCUUACCGAGGCUCCGCUCUGCUCGGCGCCGAUUGGCCGAGCCGGCGGGAGAUUAUCGCCUCUAUAUCCGAGGCUCUCGAAUCCUCGUCUCGCACUCUCUCGCAGCCGCAGCGCGGCGUGAGAGCCACGACUUCGAGAGGAUUUUGGAGUUUCAUUCAUUCAUUCGUCGAGAGCCGCAGCGGUUUUUAAGUGCAGCAGUUUUUUUCGGCGAGACGGCUUCCGAUAUUGUUGCUGUGGAGUCCUGAGAUCAUCAGUGUGAGAUUUGAAGUUCAUCGCCGUGAGAACACACAUUCUCCGCCGGCAGGUUGCCACAGACAAGACAGCAUGACCCACAGAUUCCCUCCCAUCAUUGUCAACAACAACAACAUCGGCCACAUCAUCAACAACAGCAGCAGCAGCAGAAUCUCGCUCUGGGGAGAGGCACCGCGAAGAAUUGGAGAGAUGUCUCUCAGGUCGCUGGAGACAUCCCUCUCCUCGCGACGGCUACGCAACAACAGCGGUGGCAGCAGCAGCAGCAGCGGCACGGAAGACGACCACAGCAACGGCAACACCGACCAGCAGUGGAGAAGCAACGCGCUCGGGUCACCCACCGCGCUGCGGUUCCGAUCUGACAAUGUCCUCAUCAACUCCAUCAUCAACAACAGCAACAGGGCCACCGAGGCAGACGGGACUCGGAGGAGAUCGCCCGCGGUGGGAGUCUGCCCCGAUCCCGUCGACGGGGACCACGCGGUCCCCUCACCGACCCCCUCGCCGUCCCCCGAGCCGAUGCUGUGGUCCCCGUUCUCGCCCGAGGCGUGCCCCUCUCGCCGCUCGCUGCAGCCCGCGACGCCCCCCGAUUGGCCGCCGAGUGGCUGGAGUCCUCCUGCGAUGCCGCGUUCGGAGCGCCCAGGUGACCUACGUGGCCUCGGUGGCCCACGUGGCCCAGGUAGCCCACGUGACCCAGGUAGCCCACGUGGCCUCGGUGGCCUCGGUAGCCCAGGUGGGCCACGUGGCCCACGUGGGCCAGGCCUCAUCGUCGUCCCAUCGCCCCCGGGGUCUCCACGCGCGUCCGCCGCGCCUCGCAAGAGCCCCCCCGCGGGGGGCAACGCGAAUAUCGUGGACACGGACAGGACCGCGGACAGGACCAUGGACAGGACCACGCUGUCCAUGCUGCUGCUCUUUCACAAUGCGUCCGGAGCAAGCGUGGUAGCGAUUGACAACAAGAUUGAGCAAGCCAUGGACCUCGUCAAGUCCCACCUGAUGUUCGCCGUGCGCGAGGAGGUGGAGGUGCUCAAGGACCAGAUCAAGGAGCUCGUGGAGCGAAACUCGCACCUUGAGCGCGAGAACUCCGCGCUCAAGGGCCUCGCCUCUCCCGAGCAGCUGCGGGACAUCCAGGCCCAGCUCACCGGACGGCAGCAGAGGGCCAUCGGCGGGGCCCCGUCCAGCCUCACCCCCUGACGCGGCCGGCUCCGCACGAGGCGACGGUCGCCUCCACCACCACCACUACCAAUCACCGCCACCGCAACGACGAUGACCGAGGCUGAAAAAUAACCGACGUCCGAGGAGCGCGCUAUCCCGCGGCCGGGCCCGACCGCACGACAACCCAACGUGCGGCAGGCCAAAGGCUUGGCGGUUGGACUGGGACGCGAGCGAGCUGGCCGGCAUCCGUGCCGGCCGGCCAGUUUGCGAGCCGGCCAGCUGGCGGGAAAGCCAGUGAGCGGGCUGGCCAGUGUCAGGACUGGUUGGCCAAUGGCGCGCUUGGCCGGUGGCCAAGUGAGCGGGCUGGCUGGGCUUGGCUGACCGUUGAGCGCGCCGGCCGGCAGGUUAAGCUUGGUGAGCGUGCUGGUGAGCUGGCGGGCGCUUGAAGGGCUAGCGAGCUGGUGAGCCGUCUGGCUGCCAAGAAGCUGGACCUCUCGUUGCGAGCGUCCCGGGCUAAGCGAGCGAGCGGCGCGCGGGGCUCCUGUGUUGUUGUUGUUAUUAAAUGUUUUAUCGUUUGUUUUUUUGUCCUUCUAAAAACUCAGGCUGUAGAUGGUCGACGCGUGAUUUGUUCGUGUUGUUUCCUUGUAGCGUUGAUGAAACCCGUAGCCGCGGUGAGAUUCCCCCCCCCCCCCCCCCCCCUUGAUAGAACAUAAGCUUCGUCUUUUUACGGGGCGUUAAGUGUAGUGACCACUGAUGCUGCUGAACCUUAACCCCACGGGGGCCCAGUGGCGUUGAAGGGGCGAAGGUGCCCACUAGGGCCUGACCUGAGCGCGAAAAGCCUUCACCGCUCUGCCUCCCCGUGCCAGAGCAAGGGGGGGCGGGGGCUUUGAAGGGGCUGGGGAAGGGGGGGCCUAUGGUGGGGGUCCGCCUGGGUUCACCGGCUGGUUUCACCGGUGCCCACCUUUGUUGACCGCCCCCUCCCGGCGAUGCCCGUCUGCGUCCGGUGAUGGCACCACCCCUACUACCCACCCCCCCCCUGACUUGUAAAUAAAUAAAGUUGUUUUAAAGCGA